AGAAAUAGAACAAAAUUUCACGACGGUAACAACCCUAUUCGAAAGCUGGAAUCGUAUUUUUAGUACAGUUUCAUCUAGGAAAAAUGAAGAAUUACGAAGAACAGAAGAAGAAUUAAAAUCAACCUUACAAGAUAUAGCAACUGAUCUGGAUGCUGAAAUUCGAAGAUCUUUGGAGAAUAAUCGUCAUCAAGAAUUAAUUGAUGGACAUAAAUCAACAAAAUUAUUCGAGCAAGUUAGAUCAAAAUCAAGAUAUGAAGAAGUUAUAGAAAUGGAUAAUACUAAAUUCAUAGAAAAUGAAUCCUUACAACAAACUAUUUUGCUAAGAGAACAGGAUGAUCAAUUAGAAUCAUUAUAUGGAACUGCCAGAAAUAUUCAUGAAAUUGCUACAACGAUGGGAACUGAAUUAGAGGAUCAAAAUAUAUUGUUGGAUGAAUUUGGAGAUCAAGUAGAUAGAACCCAAGGAAGAUUGGACAAAGCUAUGAGGAAAGUAGCUUAUAUUAUUAAACAUAAUGAAGAAUCCAAAUCAAAUUGUUGUAUUGUGAUUUUAAUCAUCGUAUUAAUUAUUUUAUUAAUAUUAAUUAUAGCUGUUUAA